AUGGGGAAGCCCAAGGCAAGGCCCAGCACCACCGGAGCCUCCAAGGGAAAAACAACAGUCACUCGGCGAGGAUCCAGCACAACCUCCCGUCCAUCCAACGAAGGACGGAAGCGGCAGCAGACACAAGGCCGAGGGGGCCCUCCUGGGCAGACUCAGCUAGCCUCACCAUUGCCUGUACGUACGACAGCAGCGUCAAACACGUCCCCACGUGCACAACGCGCUGCUCGACGAGGGGAGGCAGCGCGCCUGCAGGAGCGGCAGCAAGAGGAGCAGGCGGGACAGGAGGGUUUGGCGGCGCAGGAGGAGCCGGCAGCUGACGCAGUUGAGGCCGAGGCAGAGGAAACUGAUUUACGGGGGGAUGUCGCUGCUGCGGGGUCAGGUUUGACGCGGAGGGGGGAGCAGGGUGCUGCGGCAGAGGCGGAUCCGACGGGGACGGGGCGGGAGGCGCACUCGCCUGCUGCUGUGCCUGCAGCCGCCUCUGACGACGACUCAACCGCGCCCGCUGUGGGGCCGACGGCGCCACCAGCGGACGAGGUUGUGGCUGCGGAGGAGGCGCAUGUGGAGCAUGGGUCGGCUGAUUCACCGGCGCCAUUGGUGGCGGUGUCCCCCUCACCUCUCGGGGAGGUGGAGAUUGCGGCGGUUGUAGCUGAGGCAGAAGGGCAACCAGAACAACCCCCGAACGAACCGUUUGCGCCGACUGCCGCUGAGUCCGCCGGAAUGUCUGCUGCUGCCACGGCCGUAAACAUGCGGGAGCGCGGCCAGGCGGUGGAUGGAAUUGAGGGUCCCGUGAUCGGCGCCGCUUUUGGCGCCGCACCAGCAAGGAAGAAGGUGAAUCUGCGCGCCCAGCCAGCCCCGAGGCGGCCCGGAGCAGGGCUAGGACCUGGGGCGGCAGCGCUGGCGUACUCCCCGCGAUCCCCAGUGGAGGCAGAGGGGGAAGAGGAGGGACACGCGGAAGGGGAGUUCCACUCCUGGGUGGCGAGGCUGCAAUCUGAGGGCCGUGCUGUUGAAUUUGAGGUCUGGAUUGAUGAGCUCCAGCUGUUCCUCCAGUGCGAUAGGGCAGACGGCCUCUCUCUGUUCGACCUCACCUCCGGUGCCUCCCCUGCCCCACCUGCUACUGCUGAUAGCACUGUUCGCUCACAGUGGGCGACACGCGAUGCUGCUGGCCGUCUUCCUGUGCGUCGCCACUUACCGACCACUGAGCGUGCACACUUUAGCCAGUACAAGAGUGCUCAGACCUUGUACGACGCUGUAGUUGCACGCUACUCUUCCCCUGCCACUGCUGCACUGAGCCGCCUCAUGCUACCGUACCUCUUCCCUGACCUUGCUGCCUUUCCCACAGUCAAUGACCUCAUUACGCACCUCCGCACUAGUGACACUCACUACCGCGCUGCGCUUCCUGCUGAGUUCUGCGCCAAGAACCCCCCCCCCAUGUACAUCACUCUCUACUACAUAGUCACCCGGCUCCCUGACUCUCUCCGCGUAGUCAAGGACCACUUCCUCUCAGUUUGCCCCACCACUCUCACCGUUGACCUCCUCCAGAAGGCCCUCCUAGCAGCAGAGACAAGCAUAGUUGCUGUAGGAGCCUCUCGUGCGGGAGACGCCGCUCUGGCAAGGGCAAGGGGGGCAAGGGCGCUGGAGGGGCUAGAGGGGGCGGUGGAGGUGGUAGUGGAGGCGGUAGAGGGGGUGGGGGUGGUGGUCGGAGUGGUGGCGGGGCUGGCGGUGGCGGUGGCAGCAGUGGAGGCGGCGGAGGCGGCGGUAGUGGCGGAGGGAGCGGAGGCGGCGGAGGUGGCGGAGGCGGCAGAGGUGGCGGAGGAGGCGGAGGCGGUGGCGGCGGCGGAGAUGGAGCUAGUCGCGACUCUGCGCAGAGGAGUGGGUCCAGUGGUGGUCUCUACCUCCCCUCGUUCUCUACGAACUUGA